ACACUCCCAUCAUCCCCAGCGGCAAACUCCAGCAGGUGCGGCCCUUCGGGGAGCCGCAGCAAGGGCCAGGUGGCAGGCUCUUCCGUGAGUGAAGGUGCGCACAGUUCCUCUGCGCUUCAUUUCCCCAAAUGGCCAUGCCCAUCGUACUCUCACCAGCACAGAGUAUGUGACUCGUUGCUCCCUCACCCACUGGGCAGUUUCCAGGGAGGGGCCCUCCUGGAGGAGCUGGCUUUGGAUGCUGUGCCCUGUGUCAGCUGUGGUGUUCUGCGGUGCCCCUAGGAGAAUACUCAGGCCCCUCUCAGGAGGGGGCCCAACGUCAAUUUUUGAAGAGAGAGAGCAGAGCCACUGCCGGAAGGAAGAGGGGACGAGUCCCAGUGGGACGCUUCUCUGUGCGCUUUCCAGCCCGUGUAAGCCGCAGGUGCAGUUGAGGGCGAGCCUGGAGCCAGGAUUGGUAACCUACAUGUGAAGCAUCUUAUUUUGUGACGAGGCUCUAUGGUCAGUGGCACCGUAAAUGGCUCGACUCCCCGCCGGCAUCCGCUUCAUCGUCUCCUUCUCCAGGGACCAGUGGUACAGAGCCUUCAUUUUUAUUUUGACAUUUCUGCUGUAUGCAAGUUUUCACUUAUCUCGAAAGCCUAUCAGCAUAGUUAAGGGUGAGCUCCACAAGUACUGCGCUGCGUGGGAUGAGGCUGAAGUCAGAUUCAGCAGCCAGAGCAGCAAAGCCGGGUAUGUCACCCCACACCAGCUCCUGGACAACAAGACGGACUGCGGCUGGGCGCCGUUCGAUAAAGACAACUAUCAGCAGUUGCUGGGGGCCCUGGACUACUCCUUCCUGUGUGCGUACGCCAUCGGGAUGUACCUGAGCGGGAUCAUAGGGGAGCGCCUGCCGAUUAGGUAUUACCUGAGCUUCGGGAUGCUGGCCAGCGGCGCCUUCACCGCCCUGUUUGGGCUGGGGUAUUUCUAUGACAUCCACAGUUUGGGAUUCUACGUGGUAACUCAGGUCAUCAACGGGCUGGUGCAGACCACGGGUUGGCCCAGUGUCGUCACCUGCCUCGGCAACUGGUUCGGAAAAGGAAGGCGAGGUCUGAUCAUGGGCGUCUGGAACUCCCACACCUCUGUGGGCAACAUCUUGGGCUCGCUGAUUGCUGGCUACUGGGUGUCCACCUGCUGGGGCCUGUCCUUCGUCGUGCCCGGGGCCAUCGUGGCGGCCAUGGGGAUCGUGUGCUUUCUCUUCCUCAUUGAACAUCCCAAGGACGUCAGGUGCUCCUCCACGCUGUCCACGCAUUCCAAAGGCUAUGAGAAUGGCACGAACAGAUUCAGACUCCAGAAGCAAAUCUUAAACAGCGAAAAGAACAGGCCUCUGGACCCAGAGAUGCAGUGCUUGCUGCUGUCGGACGGGAAGGGCUCCAUCCAUCCCAACCACGUCGUCAUCGUCCGGGGCGACAGUGGAGGCGGCACGGCGGCCAUCAGCUUCACAGGCGCCUUGAAAAUCCCAGGCGUGAUCGAGUUCUCGCUGUGUCUGCUGUUUGCCAAGCUGGUCAGCUACACGUUUCUCUUCUGGCUCCCACUCUACAUCACGAACGUGGAUCACCUGGAUGCCAAAAAAGCAGGGGAGCUCUCCACCUUGUUUGACGUGGGCGGGAUCUUCGGUGGAAUCCUGGCGGGUGUGAUCUCAGACCGGCUGGAGAAAAGGGCCUCCACCUGCGGCCUUAUGCUGCUGCUCGCAGCCCCCACGCUCUACGCGUUCUCCGCCAUCAGCAAGAUGGGGCUGGAAGCCACUGUAGCGAUGCUGCUGCUCAGCGGGGCGCUGGUCAGCGGGCCCUACGCGCUCAUCACCACCGCCGUCUCCGCCGACCUGGGGACUCACAAGAGCCUGAAAGGGAACGCCCACGCCCUGUCCACUGUGACCGCCAUCAUCGACGGGACCGGGUCUGUAGGAGCGGCCCUGGGCCCCCUGCUGGCCGGGCUCAUAUCCCCCUCGGGAUGGAGCAACGUGUUCUACAUGCUGAUGUUCGCAGACGCCUGUGCCUUACUGUUCCUGAUCCGCCUCAUACACAAGGAGCUGAGCUGCCCGGGGUCAGCGGCGGGGGACCAAGUUCCGUUCAAGGAGCAGUGACCACUCACGUCCCACGGGGGGAGUCUGGGCUCGUCCUCCACAAACUGCCAUUCAAGGAAAGUCCAAAUAAAGGAUCCUGUGUUGACAAGAACGGUUUACUCUUGCCUUUUGCACACGCACCUGGAAAAGACACAAAGCCAACCCGAGAAUUCCCGGUACUAUUUUAAACAAGACGGGGCCAGAGCAGGCUGAGGAGGUCCAUGGGAGCCGCUGUCCAGCCGCCCGCCUGAGCGGAGAAAGGUGACCCAGCCGGACGAAGGCCGCGACGGCGUGUGCCCAUGCGGCCACCCGGAUGCACGUGUGCCAGCGACGUAGGGCAGACAGGUGACACCCAGACACCCAGGCCGGCUCCGUCUCGCUCAGGGACUCCAGCAACGGAGCGCUCCAGUGUGUGAGCUCUGGGCUCCGUGCCGUCGUUUCCGGAGAACCUGAGCGCGCCAUGUGAGAACGCAGGGCACUGGGACGUUGGAGCGCACGCGGCCAGCGGGGGCCGGCCUCCACGUGCCGUCAGGAAGCCGGACAGCCGGGUCAGAAACCAAGACCGCACUCGGACCCAAAACGUCACCCCCGAGAUUUUUCCAGCACUUUCCGUAUCCUGUACUGACUUCAGCACUAAUUGUCUGGUAACAAAUGGCAGCGGAGCAAUACACCUGCCUACGGACGGGGCACCGGGAGUGCCAGCCCCAGGGCACGCCGUGGCCCCUGUCCCCCAGCUCCUGGGAGUCCUGCAGCCCUCCAGGCCGCGCCUGCGGGGAGUGGCGGGUCACGAGCCCACAGUGGAGCCGCUCCAGCACACGCACAAACACCGGGGACCUCGUCUAGAUUCAGAGCAGCAGAGCAGAUUAUUUAUUUAAAAUGCAUAAUGUGUUACAUGAAGUUUAAGGAAUAUAAAUGGCAUUUUGUUAUUUAUUAAGACAAAUUCCAAUUGUUCUCUGGCCGUUUUUCUCAGUUGUGUCUCGCAAAAUACUUAUCUGCCCUUUGAAAUAAAAUGGUUUUUCAAAAACACUCAA